AUGGCGCUGCUCACCCAUUUCCUCGCCUGCACCUUCGGCAUGGGCUCCUGGGUGGCCAUCACCGUGCUGGUGACAGUGCUGCCGGAGCAGUGGGAUCUGCCAUCCUACAUCACCAUCAUCAUCCAGAUGGCCAACGUGGGGCCGCUCUUCAUCACCCUCAUGCACCGCUUUCGGCCCGGCUUGCUGAAGGAGGAGGUUGUAAUCUACGUGGUCGUGUCUGUGGGUGUCCUGGCCUGUUUACUGUUAGCCUUCCUCUGGAACUACACAUCCUCCAUCGCCGGGGCACCCCACAGCACCGCCUUCCUGCUCCUCACCUUCUUCCUGGCCCUGGUGGACUGCACUUCCUCUGUCACCUUCCUGCCCUUCAUGAUGCAGCUGCAGCCCCAGUUCCUCAACACCUUCUUCAUAGGUGAAGGACUCAGCGGUCUGAUUCCCGCUCUCAUUGCCCUGGCCCAGGGCUCUGGCAUCUCCACCUGUGCCAACAUCACCCACUUGGCCAAUGUCACCAUCGGCAAUGAGACCGUGGAGAACACCAUCUCCCAGAUAGAGACCCACUACCUCCCAGCCAACUUCUCCACUCUCAUCUUCUUCCUUCUCAUGACUGUAAUGAUGCUGGCCUGCUUGCUGGCCUUCUUCUUCCUCCACAGGCAGCCCAAGAAGUGGGAGCUCUCCCAGCAGCAGCUCUUUCCCAGCAAUAUCAUGCUGAGCUCAAUCGACCAGAGCCCCAGUGAGGGAGGAGGCUCCCGGCUGAGCAGAGGCUGCCCAUGCCCAAAGGAUGCCAAGGGGCUGAGGAACAUCCUGCCGGAGCAGGUCUCCUACUCCCUGGCCAGGCUGACCUUCAUCUACUUCCUCGUCGCCUGGGUGAGCGCUCUGACCAACGGGGUCCUGCCGUCCGUGCAGUCCUACUCCUGCCUGCCCUAUGGCAACACCGCCUACCACCUCGCCACCACGCUCAGCUCCAUGGCCAACCCUCUGUCCUGCGUUGUGGCCAUGCUCCUGCCCGGCAGGUCCCUGGCCCUGCUGGGCACCCUCACCGUGCUGGGGACAGGCUUUGGUGCCUACAACAUGGCCAUCGCAGUGAUGAGUCCCUGCCCACUCCUCCAGCAGUCCCAGUGGGGAGAUGUCACCAUC